UCAGUGACCACUUGGCGGUCUUUUUAUUAAUGAUCGGGUUAAAAAAAAAUAAUAAUAAUAAUGAUCGGGUUAUCACGAGGCCUGCAGUGCACCAAAUGCCAGCUUAAACUGGGGGUUUGAAGAAUCCAAAUUGUUGCCAGGUGAUUGUUGUGAUUCUGAUCCACAAUUUAAAGAAGACGACCUUGGAAAUUGUCAGCUUUCUAACAGAAAUGAAGGUUAGUUAAUUUCUGUUCUUACAUGUAAUGAGGAAACUACUUGUCACUAUGGUAUGGGGGGACACUUUCCAGAACUGAAACCAUAAAACGUAAAAAAAAAAGUGCUGUAUCCUUGCCUUAAAAGUUUAUUACAUUACAUUAAUUAAGUACUAAAAUGUUUUGUUCAUAGAGCAAGAACUUCCUGUUGCUCCAAGGAAGGUGUGUAUCCUCUCCAAUGCAAGCUCGCAAUCUUCUGUUUCAUCAUGUGCAUCAAGUUCUGGCUGUUCAUUGAAAUCUAUUAGGGGAAAGCAGGAUUUAAAUGUACAGGGUUUGCAUUACCCUUGCUCCCAUCUCAGUUUAACCACGGACCGAAAAAGGUUCAUCAGAUAAGUCUUAGCUUAAGACUUUACCUCAUUAAAAUUAGGCUUCAAUAAAAUUAUUACUGGUGUGCACUUUUAGAAAAAUAAUAGCAAUGGCAUAUUUUAAGAUAUGUCAGUGCAAUUUAUUUUCCGCUAAGACCGCUCAAAUGUCCAUUUAAGUCUGGGACUUGUCCGUAGCCUUGUCUGUGAAACUAGCUAUCAAUGGGUCAGAUUUUGACUUAGUCAGAGUUUUAAGAAGCUUGGCCUUGCCUCAUUUGUAUUAGAUAAAUAAUUUAUCCAAAACAUCUACCUUAAAGUUUGCUGAAGCAUUUGCCUUAACAUAAAAACCUACUCUCUGAUUGUUGUAGCCCAUCUGCAACGCAGGAGCCCAUACCAAAAAACAGACCAGACCACAUGUUGAUCAACAGUCCAGCCGCUCCAAAUAACAUGGAAAAUGUUACCCAUACCCAAUGCCAGUAGCAAGUUGAUGACAAAUGAGGUCAUGGGGAGUUUUAAUAUGAAGGGGGGAAGGGGAAACUUGCCUUCACCAAGCUCCACCUGUAUGCUGUUGUCACAGAAAGGCGGUGAGUGGAAGACGAUCCAGACAUUCAGAUCACAGCCUGAGUGAAAAAUACCAAACAUUACAUCUUGAACACAGAGUUAUAGCGCCUGAAUAGGAUUUUCAUCUUCAUCAUGAUCAUCAUCUAUCUGGUCCUGUUGGGAUUUCUACUUCCACACUUGAGCUUCUCUGCCAGUGUGAAGGUGGGUAUAGUGAAUGGCACUGAAGCACGACCUCACUCCAGACCUUACAUGGUUUCUAUUCAGAAGGAUGGAAGACAUGUCUGUGGUGGAUUCCUCAUUUCUUCUCAAUUUGUCUUGACUGCAGCUCAUUGCAAAAGCGAUGGAGCUUUGACAGUUUUGGCAGGUGUACAUGACUUAACAAAGAAAGGAGAUACUAUGCGCUUUUGUGUGAAGUCCUAUUACCAGCAGGCUGACCUCAUGAUUUUAGAGCUGGAAGAAAGAGUCAAACUAAAUGAGUACAUCAAAAAGAUCCGCUUACCAACGAAACCAACAGAAAGUAUAGUGGAUACUAACUGCAGUGUUUUAGGCUGGGGACUUACGAGUAUUUAUGGGCCCAUAAGUCUAAUCCUCCGGGAGACAAAUGUGAAGCUUAUGUGUGAUGAUGUCUGUCAACGUCAAUGGGGCCAGGAGUACCUAAAUUCACAGAUGAUGUGUGUGUAUGGCUAUGGAGGAUCCUGUAAAGGGGAUUCAGGAGGUCCUUUGGUUUGUGGCGACACAGCAGUGGGUGUUACGUACUUUGUUAGCAUGUACAACUGCAACGAUCCGGAUCGUUUUAAUGUUUAUACAAAAAUUUCAGCAUUUCUUCCAUGGAUCAAGAAGAUAACUAGAAGAUCUGACUGAGUUG